AUGGUGGUCGACCAAGAUCAGCAAUGGCUGCUCGGCUGCUUGACUGCAAGUCUUGACCCUAAUCAGAACGUUCGCUCUUUCGCUGAGGCUUCACUCAAUCAGGCCUCUCUUCAACCAGGGUUUGGCAGCGCAUUGUGCAGGUGUUACCUAGCUGCCGUCCUGUUAAAGCAGUUCAUUAAGAAACAUUGGCGAGAGGGCGAGGAGGACUUUGAAUAUCCUGUUGUCUCGAGUGAGGAAAAGGCUCUUAUUCGAGUACUACUGUUGGGCUCACUUGAUGACUCUCAUAGAAAAAUGUGUACAGCCAUUAGUAUGGACAUAUCGUCAAUUGCCACAUAUGAUUGGCCAGAAGAGUGGCCUGAGCUGUUACCCUUUCUCUUGAAGUUGAUUAGCGAUCAAAACAACAUUAAUGGAGUUCACGGAGCUUUGAGGUGUUUGGCUCUUCUCUCUGGUGACUUGGAUGACAAAGAGGUGCCUACACUGGUACCUGUGUUAUUUCCUUGCUUGCAUGCAGUCGUAUCCUCUCCUCAGAACUAUGACAAGUAUAUGCGAGGAAAAGCCCUUUCGAUUCUUUACUCAUGUAUAUCUGUUCUUGGAGCAAUCAGUGGUGUGUACAAGACAGAAACUACUACUUUGGUGACUCCUCUGCUUAAGGUUUGGAUGAAUCAGUUUUCACUUAUAUUGGAACAUCCUGUGGAACGUGAGGAUCCUGAUGAUUGGAGUUUAAGAAUGGAGGUUUUGAAGUGCUUGAAUCAGUUUGUACAGAAUUUUCCAUUUCUCAUUGAAACUGAAUUGAUGGCUAUUAUGAGGCCAUUGUGGCACACAUUUGAGUCAUCUCUACAAGUCUAUCUUCGAUCGUCAAUUGAAGGUGCUGAAGAUUCAUAUGAUGGAAGAUACGAUUCAGAUGGUGAAGAAAAGAGUCUUGACACUUUUGUCAUCCAGCUAUUUGAGUUUCUGUCAACCAUCGUUAGCAGUAGAAGACUGGCAAAGGUCAUUGUUAGCAAUGUCAGAGAAUUGGUAUAUCAAACUGUCGCUUUCCUGCAGGUUACAGAACAACAGGUUCAUACGUGGUCCAUGGAUGUAAACCAGUUUGUAGCCGAUGAAGAUGAGGGGAGCUACAGUUGUCGUAUAUCAGGAAUACUUUUGUUGGAGGAAGUUGUCAAUAGUUUUGGUAGGGAAGGGAUCAAUGCCGUUGUAGAUGCUGCUGGAAAACGGUUCCAAGAGUCUCAAGGAGAAAAGACAGCUGGUUCUUCGGCCUGGUGGAGAAUAAGAGAAGCUGCUCUAUUUGCUUUGUCUUCUCUUGCCGAUCAACUUGUUGAAGCUGAGAACUUGAGAACUGACCAUGCCAAUUUAGCUAAAUUUGUUGAGCAAUUGAUAAUGGAAGAUACUGGGAUUGGGUAUAAUGAAUGUCCAUUCCUUUAUGCCCGCAUAUUUACAGCAGUUGCUAAGUUCUCCUCUGUGAUCAACCCUGGGAUUCUUGAGCACUUCCUCAAUGCUGCUGUUAGAGCUAUUAACAUGGACGUGCCUCCCCCUGUAAAAGUAGGCGCAUGUCGGGCACUUUUGCAGCUCCUACCCGAUAUGAACCGUUCAGUUAUUCUGCCUCAAAUCAUGAAUUUAUUUUCAUCUCUCACUGAUCUUCUCCAUCAGGCUUCAGAUGAAACUUUGACUUUGGUACUUGAAACUCUUCAACAAGCAAUCAAGGCUGGCCAUGAAGCAUCAGCUUCAAUAGAGUCUAUUAUCUCUCCAGUGAUUCUUAAUGUGUGGGUGGCACAUGUUUCAGAUCCUUUUAUGAGUAUCGAUAUUCUUGACGUCUUGGAGGCAAUAAAGGAUUCGCCUGGCUGCCUUCAUCCACUGACAUCACGGAUUUUACCAUUCAUAGGACCAAUAUUAAAUAAGCCACAUCAGCAGCCGGAAGGACUAGCAAGCGGAUCCUUGGAUCUUUUAACUAUGCUUCUUAAGGGUGCCCCAGGUGAUAUAGUGAAAACUACAUAUGACUUUUGCUUUGAUGCUGUCAUUCGUAUCAUUCUCCACAGUGAGGACCAUAGUGAACUUCAGAAUGCUACAGAAUGUCUGGCAGCUUUUAUAUCUAGUGGAAGACAAGAGUUGCUCUCGUGGAGUGGUGACCCUGGUGUUACCAUGAGAAGUUUGCUUGAUGCAGCUUCUAGGCUUCUCAACCCUGAUCUGGAAUGUUCUGGAUCUUUAUUUGCUGGGAAGUACAUUCUGCAGCUUAUCUUGCAUCUUCCGUCAGAGAUGGCUCCCCAUGUCCAGGAUCUGGUUGCUGCUCUUGUAAGACGGAUGCAGUCUGCUGACAUUUCGGGUUUCAGAAGCUCGUUGCUGCUGAUUUUUGCCAGAUUGGUUCAUAUGACUUUUCCAAACGUGGAUCAAUUUAUCAAUCUGCUUGUUAGCGUCCCUGCUGAUGGCCAUGAAAAUUCCUUUGCUUAUGUUAUGACAGAAUGGACUAAACAACAAGGGGAGAUACAAGGGGCAUAUCAAAUUAAAGUCACAUCUUCAGCUCUGGCCUUGCUACUGUCCACUAGACAUUCUGAAUUCUCGAAGGUCAAUGUCCCAGGCAGUCCGAUUCAGUCCAAUGGUGGCAUAACCACGCGCUCAAAAGCUAGAUCUGCUCCUGAACAGUGGACCAUUAUCCCUCUACCCAUGAAGAUACUGGCUUUACUAGCUGAUACAUUGAUUGAAAUUCAAGAGCAAGUUAUGGGUUGUGAAGAUGAGGAUAGUGAAUGGGAAGAAGUCCAUGAAGGAGACGUUGAAGCUGAGAAAGAUUUGCUACGUUCAUCUGGUGCCUCUCAAUCCAGCAAACCCUCAUAUGACCAACUUGAAGCAAUGGCUCGAAAUUUCGAGAACCGAGAUGAUGAGGAUGGUGAUGAUGACCUACAUGUUACCGACCCCCUUAAUGAGAUUAACUUGGCAAGUUACCUGGCUGAUUUUUUGUUGAGGUUUUCGAAUGGAGACCGGCCUUUGUUUGAUAAUCUUUGCCAGGGCUUAACACAUGCGCAAAGAAACGUGAUCCAGACGGUACUGAACCGCUAG